CUUGAAACACAUUGACGUCCAUGCCGCGCCAUCUUUAGAAAACAGUGAUCCCAGCACUGAAUGAAAGUUAAUGUUCCCCGUUUGUGAGAGCUGCUCGUUGUAUGGAGUGAUACCGUUUUGUUUACAGGUUCUUGAUCAGUAGAUGUGAACAUGGGGGUCAAAGUUCAGCGCACUCGGUGUUUCCUUGACGUCGGCAUCAGUAAUGUGCUCGUCGGCAGAGUUGUGGUUGAAUUGUUUUCAGACAUCUGUCCCAAAACAUGUGAAAACUUCAGAUGCCUCUGCACAGGUGAAAAAGGCAUUGGCAAAGGAACUAUGAAACCCCUGCACUACAAAGGAUGUCUGUUCCAUCGAGUUGUAAAAGACUUUAUGAUUCAAGGAGGAGACUUCAGCGAAGGAAAUGGAAAAGGAGGUGAAUCCAUCUAUGGAGGCUUUUUUGAAGAUGAAAGCUUCGCUGUUAAACACAACAAGGAGUACCUGCUGUCUAUGGCCAAUAGGGGCAAAGAUACAAAUGGAUCACAGUUCUUCAUAACAACAAAACCGUCACCACAUCUGGAUGGUGUCCAUGUGGUUUUUGGUCAUGUGAUUUCUGGCCAAGAGGUUGUUCAAACCAUGGAAAACCAGAAAACAGAUCCCAAUAGCAGACCAUAUGCUGACAUAAAAGUUUUGAACUGUGGAGAGCUCAUCCCUAAAUCUAAAGCAAAGAAAGAUGAAAAAAAGAAAGAGCGUGCGUCUUCCAGUUCCAGCAGUAGCUCCAGCGACUCUGAGAGCUCAUCACAAUCCUCCUCUGAUUCUGACGAAUCGGAGAAGGAAUCUAAGAAGAGGAAAAAGAAGGCGAAAAAGCUGAAAAAGAAACAGAAGAAGAAGGAAAAGAAGAGGUCAGAGGCUGAGAGUGCUGAAGAGAAAGAACAAGAAGAGUUGGUUACAUCUACUGUACGUCCCGAAGAUAUUCCACCCAUCCCGGAGAAUCGAUUCCUCAUGAGGAGGAGUCCCCAGGUGGCCCAGAAGCCAAAAGAGGAGGCUGAAAAGGCUCAGCCAAAUAAAGAGGAAAGGCCCAGAGAGAGGUCUGGCAUAGCAUAUAAUUCUCAGUCAUCAUAUCAUAGAAGACUGGUGAUGACCCGAUCCGGCAGGAAGAUAAAGGGCAGGGGUCCAAGGCGCUAUCGGACUCCAUCACGCUCUCGUUCAAGGUCCAGGGAUCGUUUUCGGCGCAGUGAAACGCCUCCACACUGGCGUCAGGAGUUGCAGCGUCAGAGGAUGAGGGCCGUCACUGGAGAGCGCUGGAUUAAGGGCGACAAAGGGGACAUGAGUGAGGCCAAGGAUGAAGCUGCUAAAGCUCCAAGAAGAGAGAGACGAACCUCCGACUCGAAGCACGAACACACAGCUGAGGGUAAAAAAGACAAGAAAAGUCGGUCACAUAGAUCCAAAAGCAAAGAGGAGGACACUGUUGAGAAGGAUGAGAAGCAUAGCAAACACAAGGCAAAGAAAAGAGAUAAAUCUAAAAGCCGAAGCAAAAGCAGAGAAAAGAGUAGGAGGUCAAAAAGCAAGGAGAAGAGUCACAAGCACAAAAGUGAUGACAGGAAAGGUCGCUCCAGGAGCAAAGACAAAAAUGCUAGUAAGAAAGAAAAGGAGUCAGAUUCUGAUCAGAAGAAAGAUAAAGAUAAAAACAACGAUCAGGACUCUGACAAAAAGCAGAAAGAGGAUACCAAAGGAAGAAAUGGUGAGGGAACUAGGACAAAGUCUCAAAGUAAGGAAAGAGCGACCACAAAAGACGACCACAGAUCAAGCAGCAGGCCCAAGGAUAAGAGCGGACCUGCAGUGUCUAAAGACAAAGAAGAAAAACGCGACAAAGACAAAGAGAGGGGCAGAGAGCGUAGUAAGAGUCCGGAAAGAAGACACAACAAUGAAAGGGAGAAUAAGAAGAGAGGGUCAUCCAGGGACAAGGAACGUAGAAGUCCAGACAGAAAUAAGUCCAGAGACUCCCACAGAGGCAGACGCUCCAGAAGCAAGAGUAAUAAGAGAGACCACAGCAAAGAUCGGUCCUCUCACAGGAAGGACAAGGACAGAGAAUCUGCCAACCAAAGGAGAAGACGGAGCAGCAGCUCUGAGAGCGAUAGAGACGAGAAGAGGAAGAGUCAAAAGAGUCCCGUUUCCAAACGGAGAGAAGCCAACAGUUCCUCCAGAGACAGAAGAAGCCCGGCCAAACCGAGACCAGAUAGUACAAAGGGAAAAGACCGAAACAACAGCAAGAGGAAUAAAUCCAGCUCUAGCUCGAGCUCCGACAGCGACUGAGCCGGCGAUGAUGAUGAUGAUAUCCUGAUAGAAUAGAUUGGGAGUUUUUAAGUCUGUCCCCGUUUUAUCCCAACUACAUAUUUAGUACGCAGCAUCAGCUUUCCAUCUAGAGUGGCACUUAUUCACAUUCCUCAUUCAGUGCAUAGUUUCCCCCUCCACCCAUCAUCCAAAGCUAACAUGUUUGUUCAAAAGUCUGUCAAAGGUCAUUUUCAAAACUGUUAAACUACGUGAAUACAACUCAAACUUACAAUGGCAGACUGUAGCAUCAUGCGAGCUUUAGCAGAGCGAUGGACUGACUUCUGGCACUGAAUGGAUUGUGGAUUGUGCCCCAUCGAGUGCGUUACACCGUUGAUGUGUAGCUGGAGCUGCAAAGCCAGAUUCACAAAUGAUUUCCCCAAGGACAAUUUCUCCUGAAAUAUGUUUUAAUGUUAUUUAACGCAGUUUUUUGGGAUAAAGUUUGUUAUUUUUUACAACAAUCAAUCUGGAACACUUUUAAUUUCUUGCAUGCGUAUCCCUCUCAUUGUUUGAAGAAAUAUCUUCAUCUGUGACUAUUUUUUGGAAUCCCAUGACCUUGUACUGUAAUCCUAUUUGUUAACCAGUUUUGAGAUACCUCUGGUUUGUUUUUUUUAUGGAAAAAAAUUGUCAAUGUCAUGUAGCAAGUACAACAUGAAAUCAAUUUGUAGAAAUUGUGUUUUGUGCCAGUUGAUUUUGAGAAAAACUCUACUGAAUUAAAAGGCUCCACUUUGAUUUUAA